CAAAAUUGCCGGGAAAUCUGCUUCUCCUUCAAAGCGGCUGCUGGAGUCGCGAAGUUGAAUAUUAAAUGCGCAAAGUGCGUCUGUUUUCAGAUUAAACACAUUUCCGUGUCGCCGGUCGUCUCGUGCGCCGUAAUGGACGAAUACGACGAGCUGUUCGAGAUCCAGGACGAAUUCGAGGACCAGUUCGCCGACGAGCUGGACGCGUUGGCGCAGCUGGAAGGAGAGGAAUCUUCCAACCUGGGGAGACGUCAGAAUCGAGGCCCAGAAAGCAACACUGCUGAUGUGGAGCUCCCGCUGCACGCUCUGCCCACCACCCCAAAAGCGAAGCGCAGGAAGCAGGAAGCGGGAGUCGUCAAGCGGCUUUUCAACUCUCUGCCGACUCGAGAGAGCAGAGCCCCGUCCCAGAGCGAUGACAUCACGCCGCCGUCCUCGCCGGAGCAGUACGAGUCGCCUCGCGGCCGCAGGUCAAUCCCAGAAGUGUUGGAUAUAAGCGGCUUUGCUGCCAUCCCAGAGUCGCCGUGGCGACCUCCCACGGCGGCGCCGGCGGCCUCGCUGCGUGUGCUCAAGCGGCCUCCGCUGGAGGGCGAGUACAUCAGUGUCACCAACUCCUCGGGGAGUCGAGUCUACCUCCGACAGACGGAAGACACGGGCAGAAAGGUGGCGGACUGCAGAUCGGUAACAAACUCCCAGGGUGCACUGGGGCUGCUGACGGUGCCGAUAGACGUGUUGAGGGAGCAAGAGGCAGAGAGGCGCCUCCAGCAGGUCAUAGAAGAAUCUCAGCACCUCGCAGAUCGGCACGCCAGCGGCGUGAACGACGUGCUCGUCGAAGAGGAGGAGAACGACGAUCCUCAAGACGCCGAGGGACGCACCUCUCGACUCUGGGUGGACAGAUUCUCCCCCCGACACUACACGGAGCUGCUCAGUGAUGAUUUCACCAACCGCUGUCUGCUCAAGUGGUUGAAACUUUGGGACACCGUCGUCUUCGGAAGAGAGAGGAAGACCCGGCCUGCUCGCCCUCAGCCGGCCCCCAACCAGAGGUCAUUCAAACCCAAUCAACCCUAUCGACCCUAUCAAUCCAAUCAACCCUAUCGACCCUAUCAAUCCAAUCAACCCUAUCAAUCCAAUCAGUCCAAUCAACCCAAUCAGAAUCCAAACCGCUUCAAGAGCAAGGUCGAGGUGACGGAGGAGCUACUGGAGGCCGAACUGGACCAGUACAAACGACCCAAAUUCAAGGUGGCCUUGUUGUCUGGUCCUCCAGGUUUGGGAAAGACCACCCUGGCCCAUGUAAUCGCAAAGCAUGCUGGGUACAACGUGGUGGAAAUCAAUGCCAGUGACGAUCGCAGCGCCGAGGUGUUCCAGAAACGCAUCGACACGGCGACGCAGAUGAAGUCCGUGUUGGGGUCCAACGAGCGGCCCAACUGCCUCAUCAUCGACGAGAUCGACGGAGCGCCCGCGGCGACCAUCAACAUCCUGUUGGCGGCCCUGAACAGGAAAGACAGACACGCCGGGGAGGCCGGGGCGGAGACCGCCAAGAAGAAGACGAAGAAGAAGAAGAAGGAGUCCAUCCUGCUUCGACCCAUCAUCUGCAUCUGCAACGACCUAUAUGGUCCAGCUCUCAGACCGCUCCGGCUGCAGGCCUUCCUCCUGGUUUUCCCUCAGACUCAACCCUCCCGCCUCACACAGAGACUGGGAGAGAUUGCCGUCCAGCAGGGGAUGAAGGUGGACAGGGGCACUCUGCUGUCGCUGUGUGAGAAGGCCGACAACGACAUCCGGUCUUGCAUCAACACACUGCAGUUCCUCCACAGCCGCGGCCACAAGCAGGUGAACUCCAAGACCAUCCAGUCCGUCUCCGUGGGGCAGAAGGACCAGAACAAGGGCUUGUUCCACCUGUGGCAGGGCAUCUUCCAGUUGCAGCGGACAAAACGGAAACGUAUCGGCGAGGGCUUAGACGAGGCUCCGGGCUCAGGAGGCGGAGCUCAGAGGUUCCAGCACAUUCUGCACUUGGCUUCCUCCAGUGGAGAGUUUGAGAAGGUCUCCCAGGGUCUGUAUGAAAACUACCUGUCGAUGCGCGUGAGGGACCCCAACCUGCAGAGCGUGUGCGAGGCCCUGGACUGGCUGGCGUUCUCGGACAGGUUGAACCACGUGAUCAUGCACGGGCAGAACUUCUCCCUGAUGAGAUACCUGCCCUUCCUGUCCGUCACAUUCCACUUCCUGUUUGCCCACGCGCACGUGCCCCGCAUCAGCUAUCCCCACAGCCAGCACGAGGCCUCCUCCCGGCUGCUCAGCAGCAGGAACACGCUGUCCGCCAUGUUGGCCGACAUCCCAGCAUGCAUCAGAACCAGGAUCAGCCACCUCAGCCUGUCCCUCGACGUUCUCACACUUCUCCUCGACAUCAUCUGUCCCAAACUACGGCCGGUGAAUCCACAGCUGUUCAGCAGCAGAGAGAAGGAGCAAAUGCACGAGCUCAUCAACACCAUGUUGGCAUACAACCUCUCAUACAGGCAGGACCGCACGCCUGAGGGGCAGUACACAUACAUCCUGGAGCCGCGUAUCGAGGAGGUGGUGAGGUUCCCGGGUCUGCCGCCGCGCCGCCAGCUGACCUACCAGGCCAAACAGACCGUGAGCAGAGAGAUGGAGCAGGAGAAGAUGAGGAGAGCCGAGCGGCUGAUGCUGCAGCGGAACCCUCCGGCGCAACGAGAGGUCGAGAAGAAGAGCGCCGGCCCCACGUCCACCAGGAACCACCAGCAGAGGCUGGAGACCAUCGUCAAGCAGACCACCGUGGAGAUCAGGCCGGAAGUGGAUUUCUUUGGUCGCGUCGUUGCCCCCAGACCCCCGAGACCGCCGCCCACCUCGGUGACAGGUGAGAAGUGUCCAGUCGUUUCCAUGGGAACGGCGGUGGGCAACAGCGACGUGUGGUUCCGGUUCAACGAGGGCAUGUCCAACGCUGUCAGACGCAACGUCUACAUCCGAGAACUGCUGUAACACACACACACACACACACACACACCCCUACACCUGUAUGUUAUGCGUCAAUAAAUCCAAAGUCCAGCUGUUAAAUUCAAAACAGUCUUUUAUUUUGA